GUCGUGUGUGAGAUAAGAUAGGACGAGUCAAUGGAUCCCCCGCCCCGGUCUUCUGGAUCCCGCUGCUCAUCCAUCCUCGCCCACUCUCAUCAACCUCCCAGCCGCCACCUCCUUCUCUCUAUCUUUUCGUCAUCUGCUUUCUCCUUCGGGGUAAUCUCAUCCUCUGGCCCCAUACGAUCCCCUCCUGUGGCCACUUCGCCCCUCCUCCCCUCCUUUGCCGCCACUGAACUGAAAAGCACAAAAAGCAAAUAAACAAAGUCCGACCGCACCCACAGGGACUGACCGCACACUCUUUUCCCCUUCCCUUCAUCAGCCCAUUCCCUUCUUCCUUCCUUGCCCCAUCAAUACCUCCCAUUCAUAGCCCACUGCCCAUACACCCUCCUCCCGACUCUCCACCAUCACCACCCACCAUUCCUUCCCGCACAAAGCCCUCCAAGAUGCCUCCUCCUAUGCCACUCGACGAUAACAUCUGGAAUUUAAACAGUUCUUCAGAUCGGCAACACACUGAGGCUUAUGGAUCGACCGAGCUCUUUGACGCGUCCAAAUAUACCUUUCCCCGGGAGCGGAUCCCCGAGCAGAUGCAGGAUGAGUCCAAGACACCCCUGGUCAUCGUAGCAUGCGGAUCGUUUUCUCCAAUCACCUACCUUCACCUGCGAAUGUUCGAAAUGGCCAGGGAUUAUAUUCAGGAAAACACCAACUUUGAGAUUUUAGGCGGCUACUUUUCGCCCGUUUCUGAUUUCUACCAAAAACAGGGACUGGCAGAAGCAAGACACAGAGUUCGCAUGUGCGAAUUAGCCGUGGAAAAGUCGAGUACAUGGCUGAUGGUUGACAGCUGGGAGAGUCUACAGACCAGCUAUCAGAGGACUGCCAUUGUCCUGGAUCAUUUUCAAAACGAGCUCAAUGGCGCCGAUGGAGAGGGCGGCAUUCGACUGGAGAACGGCCAAUACAAGCCCAUCAGGAUCAUGCUUCUUGCCGGUGGAGAUCUGGUGCAGUCAUUCGCAGCACCAGAUGUCUGGGCCACAGCAGAUCUCCAUCAUAUCAUUGGAAAGUACGGAUGUCUGAUCCUGGAAAGGACCGGCUCGGAUGUCUACGAGUUCUUGCUGUCGCAUGAUGUCCUGUACAAGCAUCGACACAACGUCUUUGUGAUCAAGCAGCUCAUCUACAACGACAUCAGCUCAACCAAGAUCAGGCUGUUUAUUCGCAGAGGCAUGUCCAUCAAGUAUCUUUUACCAACGGCGGUAGUCAACUACAUUUACGAACAGAGGCUCUACAAAAACGACUGAGUACAUGGAAGGGGCUGCUUUUUUUUUUUUUUUUUUUUUU